AUGGGCUGGGUGGAUGAGAAGGAACAGGACUCUGUGCAAGAUCGAAUGUACUCACCAAAGUUCCUUGCUCUCAGGGGCUCCUCGCUCUUCAAGUUCACCGCACCUCCGGUGACUACAUGGGACUGGACCAGAGCGGAGAAGAGUUUCACCGUCUAUGAAAUCAUGUCCAAGAUACUAAAGGACAACGACUUGGUGGAUAAGCGGCGCCACUGCUUCAGCGUGCAGACGGAGACCGGGGAGGACCUGUUCUUCAGUGUGGAGCUGGAUGGAGAGCUGCUCACCUGGGAGAAGGCCUUUCAGAUGGCCACGUUCCUGGAGGUGGAGAGGAUACAGUGUAAGACCUACGCCUGCAUCAUGGAGAGUCACCUGAUGGGGCUGACCAUAGACUUCAGCACGGGCUUCGUGUGCUUCGACGCCGCCUCCAAGGCAGUGCUGUGGAGAUACAAAUUCUCUCAACUCAAAGGUUCGUCGGACGAUGGCAAAAGCAAGAUCAAGUUUUUAUUCCAAAACCAGGACUCCAAAUCAAUCGAAGCAAAGGAGCUGGAGUUUUCUAACCUUUUCGCCGUGCUCCAUUGCAUCCACGCUUUCUUCGCUGCCAAAGUCGCCUGCUUGGACCCCAUGUUUGUGGAGAGCCAGGCCAAUGCCACCACCCCUACCACCACCACCACCGGGAUGGCCUCGCUGUCCGGGAUUUCCUGCAACUCCCAACCUCCCAAACUCAAAUACGCCACUUGA